GAAAAUAUAUUAUAUUUUGGAAAUUGGGGAGAUGGAGAUGAUGAAGGCAUUGAUGGUGCUCUCUCUCAUGAUGCUCUCUGUCAUGGCGGAAGGCGCCCUCCUCGGGGGAUGGAAGCCGAUCAAGGACGUGUCGGAUCCACACGUGGUGGAGAUAGCGAAAUACGCAGUGGAAGAGCACAACAAGCAGUCCAAGACGGAUCUGAAGUUGGACCGAGUCGUGAGUGGUCAGACGCAGGUUGUCGCCGGUACCAACUACAAACUCAUAAUCGCCGCAUCCGACGGCAAGUCCUACGAGGCCAUCGUCUGGGAGAAGCCUUGGGAGCAUUUCAGGAAGCUCACCUCCUUCAGGAACGCUAAUUGAGAUCUGUCUGCUGUUUUUGUAAACUCCUAGAUGAAAUCGGCGACUACAUAUAUUCCGAUUACUGACAUUCGAUGUCAGAUUGUUCUCCGUUUUCAUGUUUGAAUAAAUAAAUGAUUGCGAUGCGUUCGACUAAAAUUUCUCAUA